GCAGGGUCGGCCCCGUAGCCAUUAACCGGAGACAAGGCGCCAUGUUGGUCGUGGGCGCGCCCGGGAUUAUCUCCUAAUUUUUGCCACAUGAAUGAGAACUUGAAUUGUUUAGUGCAAAACUCAAGUUGUCAACUAUGGAUCUCAGUGUCAGUAGACGAGGAGAUGAGGAGGAGGAGGAAGGAAGUCAGCCCAGUGCUGUGAACAACGGGUCUUUAACCUCCGAUGAGGCUGUAGAGGAGGAGGAGAGCACGGAGGCUGCACAGCCCACCCCAGCUGAAGAAGCUUCGGGUGAAAACAGCAACUCAAAUGCUGUCAUGGAUCUCUCUGGAAAUAUUCCAGCUUCCAACAAGAGACUCAGGGAGGGUGAGGAAGAUUCUGAAGUGUCAGGUGAAUGUGAGGCUCCGCCCACAUCCCGGCCAAGGCUCACAGAGGCUUCAGAAACAAACAACACUGCCAACCACAUCAACGACAACCACCAACCAGCGAUAGACCUUACCGAUGAUGCCCCAAAGGUGAACGGAAUCAGUAACGGCUAUGAGAGUGACAGCAAUGGUGUUAAUGAAGAUGACGAGAUGCCCCCUGUGCCGCCCAUCAAGGAGCUGAGCCCAGAGGAGCUGGCAGAAAAGAUGAAGCUGGUGCGUCGACUGCAGGUAGAGCUUCGCAAUGAGGAGAUGAAGCUGGUACUCCUCAAGAAGGUCAGGCAGUCCCAGAUUAUGAAGGAGAACGUGAGUGCUACAGCCAAUGAUGCCAAGGCAGCUCUGACGAAGCUGCCUUCUAACACCACGGCCACAAAGCUACCCCCUACACAGCCACCGCCCCUCAUUAAACAUGAACUGGGACCCAAGGCCUCAUCUUCAGCCAUACCUGCCCACAUCAAGGUGUCUCGAGACUACAAGCAGCAAGUAAAGAAUCUAGCUUCACAGGCUUCUGCUGAGUCAUUGUCACCGACUGCUCUCCAGGCCCAGAAGCAUCUCUUGGCCAGAGGUAAGGGCACUACCCUGACAAGCACCGCCGGCAGCAACGGCUCCAGCAGUAACAAGUCAGGCAGUGGAGGCAACAGCGGCAGCUCGAGCAACCUGAUUUCGGGUCUGCCGGCCAAUCUCAACCUGCCGUUUAACCUGUCGCGCGAGGUGGAGAUCAUCCGCAAGGACUCACCAGCUUCUUCAUCGUCCCCUGGGCCUGGCCCUCGGGACUCCCCUUCACAGGUGUCCAUCUCCAAGGUGCGGACGUCCACCCCUCACAUCUCACACCCAUCAGUCGACCGUGUUCUCAUAAAGCCUGUGGGAAGCAGCAGCAGCAGCAGUAGCAGCAGCAAUCAUAGCAACAGCAGCAGAGUUGAGGACAACCUUCACACACCAGCUCAACGCCAAGCAGCUGCCCGUCUUGCUCUACGAAAACAGUUGGAGAAAACACUUUUGAGGAUUCCUCCCCCCAAGCCACCUCCCCCAGAGAUGCACUUCAUUCCGAACCCCAACAAUACAGAGUUUAUUUACCUGCUGGGCAUAGAACAGUGUGUGGAGCAUAUUUUGCUGAAUGGCAAGAUGCAAGACCCACACCCAACACCCUUCGUCUGCACUCAGUGCGGCACAGAUUUCACCCCAUCGUGGAAGUGGGACAAAUCCUCCAUGAAAGGAAAGGGUGAGGAAAACGUCAAGGGUGAAGACAGUGGAGGUGUGAAGGUGGUCUGUGAGUUGUGUGUGACCACCAACAUCAAACAGGGACUCAAACAGGAACACACAAACCGCCUGAAAGCGGCAUUUGUCAAAGCCCUGCAGCAAGAGCAAGAGAUUGAGGCCCGGAUGGCGCAGGUAUGGGCGCAUAAGGCAUCACCCCAACCAGAUUUAUCCAGUGCAUCAGUAUCCAUGACUCCUGUCACAGCAUCCAUACCUUCUCCUUCAGCCCGUCUCCCUGCCAGUGUUUCAGUGACAGCCGUGAAGUCUGACUACAGCCACGGGGGAAGGCCCUCCAGCCAUCGCUCCUCACCCUCUGUGGCGGCGCAGCUCCAACUGCAGCGGGAGAGGGAGAGACAAAGGGAGAGAGAACGAGAAAAGGAGAGAGAAAGAGAGAGGGAAAGGGAAAGGGAGAGAGAGCGUGAAAGAGAGAGGGAAAGAGAAAGAGAACGUGAGAGGGAAAGAGAGAGAGAGCGCGAAAGAGAGAGAAAACGUGAAGAGGAGAGGCAACAGCGGGAAAGGGAACAAAGAGAACGCGAGCAGCGUGAACGUGAACAACGUGAAAAGGAAAUGUUCUUGCCACCAGGUCUUAGUAAGCAACAGAAAGAACAGUACAUGCAAAGCAUGACAGCAGCAGCUGCUAUGGCUGCUGCUAUGUCUAACCCAGCUGCCCUUCAACAGCUCCAAGCUGCACAACAACAGCUGCUUAGAAUGCAAGGUAUUGGUGGUGCAGCAGCUGCAGCUGCAGCCGCUGCUGCUGCCCAACAAUUACAACCGCACAUAUUAGCCCCGUAUUUACUAGGGCCUUACAAUCCCUUUGGCAUUGGUCAGCUGCAACAACUGAUGGCUGCAUCCGCAGCUCAGCUAGGAGGUGUUCCCCCUACUUCUUCUGCACCCUCAACUUCCAGCAGUAGUAGUAAUAGCAGCAGUAACAGUAGCAAAAGCUUAGCUCAACAACAGCAAGAGCUGAUGCGGCAAGCAGCUGAGGUUCACCGCCAGUACCUAUUGGACAUGAUCCCAUCAGGUGGCCUACACAGCCAGCAGUCUCACUCCAAGUGGAAGAGCUGAUGGGCAGGCGCCUGUCCAGCCUCCCUGUCAUCAGCUCCCACCAGCUCGUGUCAGUAUUGGUGAUGGGACAAUGCUGCUGCUGGUGGACAGUGGGACAAAGGACCCUCAGUGACAGUGACUCAGUGUGUUCAGCCUAGCUCUGGCCCACCUACCUGUAAUUGCAGUGUUUGUGUCAUGGCUGCAGCUGGGCCAUGUUGCACCUGGGGUUCCUAGUCACUUUAGGAUAAGGAAGCUCUCUGUGAUGUGACCAGUGGAGGAAGGGUGCUGUUGGUUCAGCGGUGGCGAGCCCUUCAACCGUGGCGCCAGCAACCAGGGUGGUCGCCUGGUGAGCAGUGUCUGGUUGCUGUCAUGGAGUUGGCCACCCAUGGAGAAAAAAAACAAAAAACAAAAAAAUUCUGAGGAGUCUAAAUGGAGAGUUUCAGACACUGGAUGGAAGGCAUCAUCAUUCACAGAAACCGAGACGGUGAGGAGGUAGCCUGACUCCUGGACUACUGGCAAGGCAACAAUAGGCAACCUUCCAUAGUUGAAUAGUAGUGAAUGACAGUUAAACGGUAUUACAUGACCACAUCCCUAAUUUAUUUCUGUUGUCAUUUGUUGUUCAUUACGGUGCAAGGGAAUGUCUUUUCUUCACCAGUUAAUCUGUAUUGUUACAUAGUUGUAGGGUGUCAUGGGACAUGGAGCAAAGGUCUGAGUCUUAGUCCUUGCCUGGUUGUGUCUCCUGGCUGCAUCUAUGGGUCUCGCAUGGUCUAGUUUCAUUAGAGUAAUAGCGACACAAAGGUAAUGCAACAAACCAAGGUACUUUCCCUGCACUGUUCAUUUGUUCUUCAUGUGAUAUUUUACUAUUUUCAAACCUUUGUUUUAGCACAAAGGUGGACAGAAUCGCACAAAUUGACCAGUAUGUGCUGCUCACAAACCAGACUUAAAUUUCAUUGGUUUUCAUUUUUUCUUUAUUUCUUCAUUUCUUUUUUAGUCCGAGCAGCAAAAACAUAAUUUGCGAUUGGGAUCAAGUAAUCUCAUUGAAAAGGCAUUUGUUUGCCAGGAACCGGGUCACCCUCUCAGAGAAGGGCUGAUAAUGUCACAUGAGCCACCAUUUUCAUCCAUAACAUGAAAUUGCCUAAUACAUGCCAGUGGAACAGGACAGAUUACCAGAAGGUUGAAGCAUUUAUUAUGUAGCAAUUCUCUUUUUUAAAAAAGAGGGUGAGUUUAGAGUGUUAUGUACAAAGUCUUAAUUGGAUGUGAUAUAACCAGAGUUUAUUGCAUCAUUACCUUUUUUUGUUGAAUGUUUACAUACAGAUACUGUAUUAAGGAAAGGCUUCUUUUAGAAGAAAUAUCUUUGCCCUGUAUUAUAGACAUUUUUCGAAGGAAAAUUCACCAAGAAGCCUUUACUUUUUAUAUCUUCAUUAUUGUUUAGAAAAGUUAUUUUUUCAUCAUUAUUUUUUUUUCUAUUUUUAUUCAUUUUUUUAUUUUUAUGAUCAAUACAAUUUACUUUUCUAUGGUCUCCAUAAUAUUCAUAUCUAAUUUUCCUCCCCCCCCCCCCAAACAUGUUUUUUUUUUUUCCACAAAAGGACGCAAGGGGUGUUCGGUUAGCUCUCCUGAGGGUCCUGGUUUCUGGCCAUGCCGAUACCCAGGAGAUUCCAGUUCUCUGUUCAAGUCUUUAUAAUUGUCAUCACUCCAGUUUUCAUAGCCAUGGCUGAGUUUCAGAUUCAUGUAGGCUAGUGUUUUCACUUCAUAAGUAAGAUAAUAGGGCCUUUUUCAAUAAAGAUCUGAAAAAUCGAAAA